UAUAAAAGAAGGAAAUUUUGCUUGACUAUAUAGAUCAAGAAAAAGAGAAAACAUUUGGUCCUAGGAAAUUAAGGUGAGGAAAUUAUACAAUGAGUGGAAGUAGUUUUCCAAACACUGCCUAUACAAUCCAAGGAUUGAAACCAAGUGGAAAUAAUCACAUGAGCAAGAAUAUUGAGAAGCCUUGUCACUUCCAAAUGCCUCUUCACUAUCCAAAAUACAAGAGAAGCGACUAUGAGACCAUGCCCGAGUGGAGACUUGACUGCCUUUUGAGAGAAUAUGGUUUGCCCAUCAUUGGAGAUGCGGAGGAGAAGAGGAAGUUUGCCAUGGGAGCUUUUCUUUGGCCUUCUCAUGAUCACUAAUUAGGAAAUUUAAGCUUAUAAAAUAUCAGAUUUUCUAUGCUUUUGUUCUAGAGUUUUAUAUGUGUAAUCUAAUAUGUCCAUGUUUAUGCUAUAUAUAGUUACUAAUGCAUUACUAUAUGGUUGUAGUAGUCUUGGAUUAAGUAGCUAAACUUCUUCGGAGUUUGCCUUCCUCUAUGUACUAAUUGCCACUUUUCUUGCCUUUUAAGGGCUUCUUUUUAAUGGAAUGUAAUAUACAUUAGAAAUAAAAAAAAAA